ACCCUCACACCCAUGGUCACACUGCACUCCACCGCUUUGCUGCACGUGUGCCGUCCUUAAAUAAUAUUUUUAUUAUUGUUUUACUAACAAAAAUGACCCAGGCGGAGAUUGUGAGACGACUUCGGGAAGAGUAUGAACUUAGUAACAGUGAGGAGCAAAAUCCAAAACAAAACGAGACCCUUCUGUCCCUUGCCAAAGAUGUCCAACAGCGUGUUUUAGACUUGUUAACCAUCCACAAAGUUCCAUACUCAAAUAAAGAAGAUGAAGAGACAUAUGAGGAAUACCUUCUGUCGGACACCGAGGAAUCGGCCAGCAAAAAUAACAAAAAACUAAAAAAUCUAAGAAAACUAAAAAAGCAGGACUCAGACGACGACGAGGACGUGGACGCCCGCAUUGCCUCCAUCAAGAAUAAGCUGCGCCAGAAGAAGGGUCCCACCACGGAGCGUCAGCAGAAACGACGGGAAUCUAAAAAGCUAAAACGCAGCAAAGGCGUCCAAAAACUGCUUCUCUCCUCUGCUAAAAACCUCAAGAACGAAAACAUCAAGCACCAGAAGUUGAAGAACGGGGUGAUUAAGAAGGAACAGGAUGCGGAGGACAGCAAAGAAGACAUUAAACCUGUCAAGGAACAGCCUUUUUACAACCAGGAGGCUAAGGUCGUCUACUCAAAGGUGGAUUUUGCCGCUAAUCCCGGCGGUAAGGCCAAGAAGUCGCACCAGAACCCAAAGGAGAUCCUGAAAAAGUUACGCGACACCAAAAAGCACCUAACCGAGCUGCGCGAACAGGGCGAAACGGAAAAGGCAGCCGAGAUCCAGACAGACAUCGCCUGGCGCAAUGCCUUUGAUAAGGUCGAGGGCAAGAAAGUGAAGGACGACACCAAGCUCCUUCAGAAGGCCAUCAAAAAGCGGCGCGUGGAAAAGAAGAAAUCCAAGACCAAGUGGACAGAGCGCAAGCAGAAGGUGGAGCACGACAAACAGAAGCGGCAGAAGAAGCGUCAAGAAAAUCUUGAUAAGCGCAGCAAGGACAAGAAGAACCGAAAGCUGAAAACGGCCAGCAAGAAGGGUCGCAUAAUACCUGGUUUUUAAGUAUAAUCUAGACUUAAAUGUAAAAUAAUUUCCACUAUAAUUUGUACGCCACGUUGAAUUUGUACUCAGAAUGCUGCAGAAAAAAAAAUAAUUUGAAAAUUCUCGUUUUAA